GAGACAGAGAGGAAAUCCAGGCAGGAGGAGGAAGUGGACAUAAAGGGAGGAAGGGAAAGGGGGCAGGAGGAAAAAGACAAAACAAGGGGACCCAGAUAAAGAGGGAAGAUGGCUGAGCCGGAGCUGAAAUUACGGAGCAGCCGGGAGAGCGUUGCCAAGGCGGUGAGCCAGGAGAAGAUGGGGGAAUUACCUGAUGAUGUGCGUGUCAACAUAAACAGAGGAAGAGCUGAAGCAGACCCAGACCAAGAUGAUCUGAUUGUAGAGCACCCAGCGUCUCCGUCUACACCCAUGGUCCCUGCUCCUACUGACGCAGGCCCUAUCAUCGGCUCGCCUGCCAAAGAGAAGAUCGUGCUCAAACGCAGCAUCACUCUCUUCAAUGGUGUGGGAAUGAUCAUAGGCACCAUCAUUGGCUCUGGCAUUUUCGUCACUCCAACAGGUGUGAUCAAAGAGACCGGCUCAGCUGGGCUCUCCCUAAUCAUCUGGUCUGCCUGUGGAGUGAUCUCUACCAUGGGCGCCCUAUGCUAUGCUGAGCUGGGCACAACCAUCACCAAGUCGGGGGGAGACUACACUUACAUCCUGGAGGUGUACGGCGAACUGGCGGCUUUUCUAAAGCUGUGGGUGGAGAUGCUCAUUAUCAGACCGUCAUCACAGUAUGUGGUGUCGCUGGUGUUUGCUACCUACCUUCUGAAACCUCUCUACCCAAACUGCAGCGUGCCUGACAGUGCAGCCAAGCUCAUUGCCUGCUUGUGUCUUACCUCCCUGACGUUUGUAAACUGCAUAAGUGUGAGAGCGGCCACCAAGGUGCAGGACUUGUUCACAGCUUCCAAAUUGCUAGCCCUGAUCAUCAUCAUCCUCUUUGGCUUCAUCCAGAUUUCCACAGGUGAUGUGCCGUACCUGAAACCAGACAAGGCGUUCGAAGGCAGCAAACUGGGAGUGGACAAUAUUGUCUUAGCUCUGUACAGUGGUCUCUUUGCUUUUGGAGGCUGGAAUUACCUGAAUUACGUGACUGAGGAGAUGAUCAAUCCAGAGAGAAACCUGCCCUUGUCCAUCAUCAUAUCCAUGCCGAUAGUGACGGUGGUGUACGUUCUGACCAACCUGGCAUACUUCACCACCAUCUCUCCUGAAGUCAUGGUCGAGUCUGAGGCUGUUGCCGUGAGUUUUGGGGAGUACCAUCUUGGUGUGAUGUCCUGGCUGAUUCCUGUCUUUGUGGGACUGUCCUGCUUCGGAGCCGUCAACGGAUCCCUGUUCACCUCAGCACGGUUGUUCUAUGCUGGAGCUCGAGAGGGUCAACUCCCUGCUGCUCUGGGUUUGGUCCACACAGACCUCUUCACACCAGUGCCGUCCCUCAUCUUCACAUGUUUGCUGUCCAUGAUGUACGCCAUCUCCCAGGACAUCUUCUCUGUCAUCAAUCUCUUCAGCUUCUUCACCUGGCUGUGUGUUGGUAUGGCCAUUGCUGGCAUGCUCUGGCUGCGCUUUACCAAGCCCGACCUCAGAAGGCCAAUUAAGGUGUAUCUGUUCAUCCCUGUGACUUUCGUUUUGGGCUGUGUCUUCAUGAUCGUUGUGUCGUUCUGGGCUGCUCCAUUUGAGUGCCUGUUAGGCAGCGGCAUUAUUCUUACAGGCAUCCCAGCGUACCUACUGGGCUACAAGUGGAAAAAACCCCAUGUGAUCAAGAAGAUGCUGGAAAUCUUCACCAUGUUCUGUCAGAAGAUCUUCAUGUCUGUUCCUGAGGAGAGGGAGCAGCGCGAGGAGGAUGAAUAAUGCUGGACAGACUGAACAAGAUGGACUGUCAAUAUCUUCGCCUGAACAUUCUUAAUAUGUUUAUAUUAAUUCACUUGUGAUUUGGCUAAAGCAGUUUUUUUAAAGGCAUAUUUUGUGAACACUACAAAAUGUUUAAAAAACUUGAAAAAUCUUCGUCAGGUUUUUGACAUUUUCCAAGAAUGCUAGAACAUGCUUACAUGUUGUAUGUUAGUUAGUUAAUGGAGAGUCAUGCUAUGAUCUUAAAAUGUGAGUAAUUGUUGCAGACACAUAAUUAAUUGUGUGUGUUAGAAGUUGCAUACAAUAUACUCUGGUGGCCUAAAACAUACAAGUUAAUUGUUCACCUAAAGUUUACAAAUGAGUGGCUUAGUGAGACAUUUGAUAAAAACUAACAACCAAGCUUCACAUAUUUUAUUAUAGUUUACAGUUUUAUAGAAUAUGAAAGCUAAUAACCUUUGAGUUAAAACUGAGGACUUUCUGUUACAGUCAAUGAUGUAUGGACUAAUUCAAAGUAAAAAGACAUAAGGAACAUACGUAACUGACAGUGUAUAGUGUAUAAAUAAGAUCAGGCUUGGUAGAGGAAAUAGUUAACUAGCAUUACACUGAUUACAUUAUACACAUACGCUACUAAUAUUUGUGGUAAUGACAACUGAUUUCAAUAUUUGUAUUUUUUGUAUGCAUUUGUAAAAUGAAUCCACAACACUAUCUGCAAGGACAAGCUAAAGUGAGAUAAGACAGUGUAUGUAAUGUUUCCUGAAGAUGUAUCAUGUUAUUCUACCCGUGUCAGAGUCAGUGCUCCACAUGUGAUGUUAUUUGAUGAAAUGACAGUGAAUACCAGCGGUUGUUUGUGAGGCAUUAUUAUAAGAAACUGAAGACCUGCGUAGAUGUCCUUCUAGUUGUGUUUAGAAGACUCCAUUUUAGCGUUAGUGUUUUUUAUUGCUUGUAUCAUUAUUAUCUGUGCCAGCCAUGUCAGUGCUGAUAUUCCAGUUUUUCUUUGUUGCAUUGGCACUAAAAGACCAAAAUGAAUGUUGCAAAUUUAGUGACAUCAGCUUUGCUUUUAUAUUUUACCUAUACAAUCUUACUUUUAAAGUGAAUAUCUGGGGUUUUCCCAAAGUUAUUGUAAGCACAUUACCAGUCUACUCAAAAUAACAGUCGCAGAGGGAAGUGAAGGAGGGUCAGCCUCUACAGUCCAGGUUUUGCAGGACACUGCCGGGUCAACUGGAAAUGCAUACAGUAAAAUUCAAUAAUAAUGCAUAGACACAAAACAAAAAAUAGUGCCAUUCUUCCAACAUAAAUGGAGCUGAAGUGUUUUGAAUUUCUCACAACGGCAGACAGCAGUACGAGGGAAAGGCUGAAAGAAUGGAAAUUGGAAAGCAUCACAACAAACUGGACAAUGAUCAACCAAAGUUUAAAAAUACCACUAUGUAAAUAAAUCUACAUGUAAAAGAAGUGAAUACAUCUUCAGUAUAAUUACCACCUGAUGGCAACAACGCCCUAACAACUCUAAUGAAAAUGGAAGUUGAUAUGAAAGUUUAUUACAAACUUUUGAACAUAAUGCACCUUUUUCACCCCAAUAUUUAUUUUUCUUCAACAGUCAGAUAGCUAGAGACACAACAAUGAACAGCACAAUGGAUGAAGUAAUAGCCAAAUUAUGAAUGUGCCCUUAAAGCUUUAGUGCUUUACACGAUGACGAUAGCGCAGCAAGCAGCUUUUUGUACAUUCAACAUGACGGCCACUACACCGAAGCGCAGCAACCCUGUUGAUGCCGCUGUCGCUGCUACGUCACCCGGAUCGUUGGUCUGAUUGGUUGGACUAUCUAAUUGCGCCCAGAAUCAUUUGAGCAGCGUCCGUUGGUGACGCCCCUUAGGAAAUGAGCUGUGAAUGAAGCUUGCCAACCAGGCCAUUACAAUUCCUCAUGGGGGCGACAUAAACUACCCACUAUAGCUUCAAUAAACCCAAUUAAAUUAUAACAGAGGGUGUCUAAAAAACACAUCAUAUUGUUUACUAUGCAGAUAAAUAAUCUCUGCAGAUCCCAUCAUAUAUUUCAUGUUAUGCACAACAUGCUGUAUCUCUGUGUACAAAGUGGUAAGCAUUGGUAAUUCAUCUAUGGUGUUUGCUUAAUGAAAAUGUUAUGGAGAACAAACUCUGUUAGCAUAUUUUUAAUCUUAAAAAUUGAAAGUACCCAUGUCAAUUAUUGUAACUGUUGUAUGUCAGUGACUAUGGCGGGUACAUGUAACAAUAAACUAUACAAUAAAAUAUUUUUGUUCAAAGUCA